CUCGGGUCAGAGAACCCGAUGAGGAGGAUACAAAAAUGCAGCGCAACAUAAAGAAUCGUACUUGUCCUUGUCCUUGCUGACUGGCGCGAGGUAUCGUAACAAAUUAUUCAACAAAAAAAAAAAAGAAAUGGCUCACAGAGAUAAGGCUUCUAAUCAAUUGUUGGAUUACAAAUUAAAAAAUUCGAGUCCCACUACUACUACAGGCCAUGGUACCCCAAUUGUAGAUAAAAACGCACCCCUAACCGUAGGACCCAGAGGACCCAUUCUACUCCAAGAUGUCCAUUUGGUUGAAGAACUCGCCCAUUUUGCCAGAGAACGUAUCCCAGAACGUGUCGUCCACGCCAAAGGAGCCGGAGCUUUUGGGUUCUUCGAGGUAACCCACGAUGUUUCCCAAUACUGCGGAGCCAAACUCUUCGAUACAAUCGGCAAAAGAACCCCAAUCGCUGCUAGAUUCUCAACAGUCGGCGGUGAAUCAGGUUCAGCAGACACAGCCCGCGACCCUCGCGGUUUCGCCGUCAAAUUCUACACAGAAGACGGAAUCUGGGACUUGGUAGGCAACAACACCCCAAUUUUCUUCAUCCGCGAUCCCACCAUGUUCCCUAGUUUCAUCCACACCCAGAAACGCAACCCCCAAACCCACCUCAAAGAUCCAGACAUGAUGUGGGACUUUCAUACUUUGAGGCCUGAAUCUAUGCAUCAGUGGUUGUUUUUAUUUGGGGAUAGAGGAAUUCCUGAUGGGUACAGGCACAUGAAUGGAUAUGGAUCCCAUACUUUUAAGCUUGUGAACAAAUAUGGGCAAUUCAACUAUUGCAAGUUCCAUUACAAAACUAAUCAGGGGAUUAGAUGUUUGACUGCGGACAAGGCAGAUCAAUUAGCUUCUGAGGAUCCUGAUUAUGCUAUUAGGGACCUUUUUAAUGCUAUUGCUAAAGGAGAUUAUCCUAGUUAUACUUUGUAUUUCCAGAUUAUGAGCCCUGAGCAAGCCAACCAAGUCAAAUUUAACCCAUUUGACAUGACCAAAGUGUGGCCUCAAAGCGAAUUCCCUCUGAUACCUGUAGGUAAACUGACAUUCAACAGAAAUCCAGAAAACUACUUUUCAGAGGUUGAAAUGAUUGCAAUGAACCCAGCACAUUUGGUACCUGGAAUUGAACCAUCGCCUGAUAGAAUGUUACAAGGUCGUUUGUUUGCUUAUGGAGACACUCACAGGCACCGUCUAGGCCCCAACCACCUUCAAAUCCCAGUCAAUUGCCCAUUCAAAGUGCGCAACUACCAAAGGGAUGGUUUUAUGGCGAUAAGCAACCAAGGUGCUGCCCCCAACUACUACCCCAACAGUUUUUCUGGGCCUGAAGCUGAUGAAAAAGUCAAAACUUUCUACCCUCCUUAUCAACUAAGUGGAGAAGUGACCAGGACUGAUGAUUCAUUCAAAGAAGACGAUUUUGAUCAGCCUAGGACUUUUUGGAGGAAGGUUCUAGAUGAAGCAGCUAGGGAGAGAUUGGUUAAUAAUAUGGUUGGCAGUUUGAAGCAGGCCAGCGAUUUUAUUCAAGAAAGGGCUGUAAGGAACUUUUACAAAGUGGAUGAAUCACUUGGUAGAAGAAUUGAGGAACAAUUGAAUAUUGUUAGACGUGCCAGAGCUAAUCUGUAAUUAAUAAAGCAUUAAAUAACAAAAUAUAGCUCGUUUUAUUAUUAUUAUUAUUUAUUUAGGAUGAACAACAUAGAAGCUACUAAAAAAAUAAAUAAUUUAUCACAUUUGUAAUAAGAGUUAAUACAAUAAUUGAACUAAAUUGAAACAAACAACAUUGCUUUUUGUCAAAUUUGUUUUACAUUAGAUCUACUUUUCUCUGGCUUGUUGUCUUUCAAGGUGGCCCUUCCACAUGGUGUAAGCCAGGCCUAAAGUUAGAGCUCCUACUGCUGCGCCUUGGGCUCCCACACGCAGUUGCAUCAGGUAAAUGCUGGUGCUCAUUUUGCCUCUGUUUUUGUACAUGUAGGCUCCGUAACCAACUGCUACAGAUAGAACA